AGGAGAGUUUACCCAAAUACAAAAUUACAUGAAUUUUCUUACCCUGCAAGCAGUCUAUGGACAAUGUAUGACAGCAAUCCAUGCUUUGGUUUUGUUUACCUGGCCACUGUUUCAAAUACUAACUUUGUAGCAUUCGUGGCACAUAUCCAAUGGAAGUCAAUGGGAAAAAUAUUCACGUUUUCACACUUCAUGUCCAAAUCAUCCUAAAGUAUUAAAUAAAAUGAUUUUUGUACCUCAAUUAAGUUACUUAGCAAUGAUUUGGACAUGAAGUGUGAAAAUGCUUAUGUUGACUUUUAUUGGAUUUGUGCCACAAAUGCACAAAAGAAAACAGAUAAACAAAAUCAAGGCGAGCAGUAAUUUUUUAUUUUACUAGGCAAGUCAGUUAAGAACAAAUUCUUAUUUACAAUGACGGCCUAGGAACAGUGGGUUAACUGCCUGUUCAGGGGCAGAACAACAGAUUUGUUCCUUGUCAGCUCAGGAGUUUGAACUUGCAACCUUCUGGUUACUAGUCCAGCGCUCUAACCACUAGGCUACCCUGCCGCCCCAACCCAAAUGCUUACAGGAUAAGGAAACCAAUAUGUAAUUUUGUCAUUUGGGUGAACUAUCCAUUUAUCUUUACUUAACACACACAUGCACACGCACACACGCGUCAUGCCCAUAGGGGGCACCUGCCCCCUCAAAUUUGUAAUUAGCCACUAGCCACCUAUACAUUUUAGCCCAGAUAGAUUCCCAAUCUUCCAACCUCAUAACUAGGUACCAAUAAGCCAUUUCAGGCUAUCAAUAAAGUUAGAGUAGAUUGCUUGUCUAACUAUUUUAGCUGGCAAAAGUGGUAGACUUUAGAAAAGCAAUCAAUUACUGAAUGAAUGUACUGAAUAAGCAUAACCUCCCUUUCAAUCUUUUUACCCAGAUUUUAGCAGAGAUGUAGAGAAGCAUAUUCCCCCCCCAAAAAAAUAAAAAUAAUAAUAAUAAUAAAUAAAACAACACCAGUCAAGAGGAUACAGACAGCUCAAGAGGAAUGCUUAGAAAUGUAGAAAAAUACAUAGAUUUUUGACAUAGAAUUAAGCAUCAUGAUUAUCGCUCUAAAAAUUGCAGGGAAAGCUAUUUCAGGUGUUUGAAAAAUGCAAAAUUCUCCAACUUCAGGAUAUCAUCCCCUAGCCAUCCUCACAUACAUUGUGCUCCCUCAGAUUUUGGGGGUGCAUGACCCACCCAUCUCACACACACACAUACACACACACGCCACCUCCCCAGUGGUCCUCCGCCCCUAGUGGUCGCUUUAUGUAGAUUCUUUUGCAAUAGUGAGAAGGGGAGUGACUUUUCUUAUGGUUUUUGCUGGUCUACGAGUUGAGCUGAAGUUUCACUGUUGACUAGACUAGUCUCAUCACCUCAACCUAUAGAACCUCAAGCUAAGAUAUUGUCGUCGGAGAGAACUGUGGCUCAUAUUGGACACAGCUAUGAUAUCGGGGGAAAAAUAAACUUCCCAGGGACGCUUUGAGCAUUUCCAGGGAUGGACAAACAAAAAGCAGGUGACGGAGACUAUUGGCGAGACUGAGCAUAUUGUUGCGAAAGAGGUAUAACCGAACUGAAGAUUUCAACAUGAAGUGAAAGCCAAAGACCAGACCUUCCACUGUGCUGAACCGUCUGAUCACAGAUCUGCACUCCUUCCUGGUGAUGCUGGACAGUGAGAACCUCAGCUACAUCGCUCAGGCCCAAAAGAAGUCUAUCUCAGAGCUGCUGUCCAAGCUGCAAGACACCCCUGUUGAGGAUGCUGAGUAUAUGAUCAUGAGCUGUCCAUCAGGGUCCCCAAGCAAUGAUCUCAGGGAAACCCAGCUGUCAGGCACAGUUGGUCUGUUCCAGUCAGGACCAGACCCGGACUCAGCCGAGGAGACCUUGUCCUCUGCCUCUACCGAAUGGCUACGGAAAGGGAGCCAGGAGCCGGUGGUACCCCCCCAACCUCCAGAAGGUUUAGAUGAGGACUGCUACGAGGAGGCUGAGCCUUUUGUUCCAGACAAUCCCUCCACAGACAAAGGUGACUCAGACAGCAGUCACUACGAGUCAUACGGUGAGGAAGAUGAGGAGUUUGUGAAGGACCGGGCCCACUACAUCCAGUGGAGUGCCUCCCAGACCUGUCUGCGUCCUACUUCUGAGUCACGCAUCUGUGGCUACCUGUGGAGGAAGAAAUGGCUGGGCCAAUGGACCAAACAACUCUUUCUCAUCCGCAACAAUCUGCUGUUGUGCUACAAAUGUGCCAAGGACCUCUACCCGCUGCUGGAGCUCGACCUGCGGGGCUGCCAGGUGGUUUACAAGUCCAAGCACAACAAGAAGAUGCAGCACGAGCUCAAAGUUGUGACUGGUUCCGACACAGUGGUGAUGGGCUUCCAGAGCUGCCACCAGGCGGAGGAAUGGAGGAAGAUCAUUGAGGAGGUGAAGGGCUCCUCCUACUAUGAGCCAGAGUCCCAAAGGUUCUCCUUGUUACUCAAAUGUGACAGACUGGACUCUUGCAGGUCAAGCACAGUCAUUCAGACUUCAGACUCGGAUGAAGAGAAAAUGUUGGCGCUGCCCUCUGCUCCCAGCGGUGUGGAAAUGAAGGAUAAAGGGUUCCUGAAUGUGCUGAUGAACUGCCAGUGGCAGAGCCUGUUGUGCCAGGUACAGGGCGGGGUGCUGAAAAUGUUCCGAGACGAGGGCUGUGAAGAGUGCCCUCAAUACACGGUGCAGCUAAAAGGCUGCCAGGUUCGACCUGGCCCCGACACACCUCAGGCCUACCGCAUCACUGUGGUCCAACACGGAGACCAGGUGGCAGUACUGGAGGCCAGCUGUGCAGAUGAGAAAGAGCAGUGGUUGCAGCUCCUACAGGACGGGAGUGUAAGUCAGGAUCAGGCUGACUCUCUAUAUGACUCAAAGCCUGCUGGAGCCCUCAGUGGUUUGAAGGAGCAAAGGUUCCCAACCUCAAACAUGUACAUAGAUGACCCCUUUCACCAGCACAGUGGAAGCGGCCGCUCACAACCCAUCUACUCCAACACGGCCAUACUGGAGCACAUGUUCCAGAAUUCCCAUAACGUCGCCAGGGGAGACUCAGUGUCAUCAAAGGAUUCAGUCAACUACAGCAACACUGAUAUCUUUAACAAUCACAGUAGGAAAUCGUGUGAGGUGGAGCGGGGGGUUCAGAAACUGGACUUGACUGGGAAGAGAAGGGUACAGCUGAGAGCUGGGUCAGAGAUGAACCUCAUCACUGCAGGGAAGACCGCCAAAUGUACCUCCUUCAGACAGUCUCUGGCCUUCUGUACAGAACGGGCACAGGGUGGGUUUUUUACCCCACUACUGCGAAGGACUGCCUCUGCUAAAAACUCACUGAAAAGAGCCCCUUCUGCCCUAUUUAUUGAGCAUGGCAAGGUGUUUCAGAGAAAGAAGGAGUGGGAGACAAUGCCUUCUACUUAGUACUAUACUAGCUGUUUCGGUAACAAUUAUCUUGUAUACAUUUCCUAUUUUCUACCAAACAUUUUUGUCAUUAGAAAUGUCAUCCAUCUUGAUGAUAAUACAAUACACUAUACUUGGUUCCCCAAUGGCACCCCUUUCUCUAUUUAGCCAAUAAGGGUCUGGUGAAAAGUAGUGCACUAUAUAGGGAAUAUGGUGCCAUUUGCAACAGGCUUGUUUCUCCAUUAAAACAGCUGCAUUAAUAAGAGAGUCCUGUGAAGGUAAUUCAAUUGAAAACCUUGUAAAGCCUAACUCAGGAAUGUCUCUCAGUUUGAGGUGUAACACUUUCAUUGUUUUUCUGUCUUUCAUUUCUUAAAGAACAGUUUGUAUUGUCUAAUUUGUCUCUGUAUGUAUUGCAAUUCAUCAGACUUAACUUUGCACUGUUUUCAUCACUAAUUGAGUUACAAUAAAUACACAUGUUGAAGUCAUGAAAAAGACAUUAUAUAUAGAUAUGAAUUGAAGUCAUGUUCACCGUAUACAGUUCUGUGGUAUAAUUUAAACAUAGUUGCAGAUAUCUUUUUAUAAAGUGUUUUUACCAUGAUAUUUGUACUUAGUAUCACUGAGAUGUUUUACAUUCCUGAAAUAUGUUGUGAUGAUAAUGUGACAUCUAUUGUAAUGUUCCCAUGUUUUUAUUAAUAAAGACUUUGUGUAUUAAAUGUUAGGUUGGCAUACUAUUUGCUGUAAACUGACAACUGUGGUAAUAAAACAGUAAUUAAAA